AUUGGUUAGUUGCUACUCAUAAGCUAAACAUUCCUUCUUGGGCUUACCAGGGUAUUGUUUUCAUGUUUUGUCUCAUUUUCUGUAACGUCUUGUGAGUAUUGUAGCCUUUUAAUAAAUUUCAUUGUUGGAGUGUUAUUAUAAAUGUAGCAGCUGUAUUUUGUUUGUCAUCUGAUUAAUUACUGGCUAGGGAAAUCCCUUUUGGUCAUCGUUGUUUCUCGAAAGCUGUCAUGGCCGACUAUGAUCUAUUUUUGUCAUUUACGCAGUCUUUGUUAUUACUUUUUGAGGGUUAACCCUUUUCUUCAACUGGUCGCACUUGGCCUGCAUCAUAUAAUGUUAAGAAUUGAGAUUGUUAACGUUUUUUUCUGAAAACUAUGAAAUGCAAAAGUAGACAAAUUAAAACAGAAUAUGAUAAUGUAAAAGUAAAACAAAUUUCUAAAUAAAAACGUGGGAACGAAAACUGGUUCAGUGGUGAGGCUAGGCCUAUUUAAUUUACUAUUUAGUUUUAGUAUGUAAUCUCAGUAUUUAGGUAGCAGGUAGGGCCUACAUGAUUUCAUAUCGGGUGUUGGAGUUCCUGAAACUUAAUGCUUUCACAAAAGAAGAAACUGAAGAUAAUAGCCAUAGGCCUAUAACUUACAAUUUGAAGAUUUUUGUGCCACUAGUACUAGCUAAGUUACAUAAGCCAUGCUAGGCCUAGACCAAGUUGUAAUACUACUAAUUAAUACUAGUAGUAGUAGUAGUACUAUUACUAGUAUUACCAGUUGACCAAACUUUUAUUUGGCAUAAUUCAUAAUUAUUGGUUUCAUUGUGUUCUUUACUAGUUAGUAGGGUAGGCCUUAUAAGAAGCCGUAUCUUCAGAACACCUCAAAUAAACAAAUUAAACCUUGCAUAUUUUAAAAACACACUUAACACAGGCAAUAUCUAAUUAAUAUUGUUAGAUUUGAUGUGUGCACUAACAAUAUGAAUCAAACCGCAGAAACACAAUUAUCACAAAGGAUGUUACAUGAUCAAUGAUAUAUAUCUUAAACUCUUUUCUUUCAGAGUUUUAGGUUCUGGUCGUGUUUUCUAAACUUAUGGGCCUCAUGUCUCCCCCACCGCCUACAUGAUAACUUUUGGGGUAUUACUGUUCUUACCCUUUGGAAAAGCGUGCUGCUCAGAAGGAAUCCAUCUUGGCUCAGCGCCCCGAACAUCUGCUACGGUGGCGACCCGGGGCAUUGAAAGCUUACUUUUGGACAAAUUAGGGACAGGACCAGUUAGUUGGAUAAGCUUAUUCAAAUAUUACCCACCACCUAUAAGCCCACGAGUAGUAGGUGUACAAAAUAGGACUUGUGAUAGAUUCAAAUUGUUGUGGUUAAGAAGCAUUGUAAGUUCUAUAUUGCACUGUAGUAAAUCUUUAGGUUUGGGACAGUUUCUAGGGAACUACUUUUUGAAAACUGUCUGUUCAUUGAGAUGAAACCAGAGAUUAAUGCAGCAGCGGAAUUCCUGUCACGGAUUUUCCUUGCACAUGAAAACAUAACAAAGGAAAAGGUGGGGGAGUUCAAGCAGCAUCUCUCAAACUUACUUGAAGAAAGAUUUAGAGACCACUGGCAUGAGACAUGCCCAACUAAAGGACAGGCUUAUCGUUGCAUUCGUGUUUGUCCAGAGGAGCCACUUGAUCCAGUUUUGGAAAGGGUUUGCAAUGAGGUUGGAAUAAACACAGAAGAUUUUAAUCUUCCAUUUGAGUUGACACUAUGGGUGGAUCCGACAGAAGUUGUUUGCAAGUGAGUUUUAUUAAUUAUUUUUAUAUAAUCAUCCAAAUGUAAUAGUUUUUUUUGUGUGUUGAGUGUCCAUUUUUUUAAACUUAAAAAAAUAUUCAGAAAUGACGUUAAUUAAGUCUCAAGUUGGUGGUUGUAAUUUUCCAGGUUGCUGUUUACUGGAUUUGGUAUUGAUAUUUACCAAUGUAAUAACACAACAAUUUCACACCUUAAGACAACUUCGUCAAUUACCCUAAAGGUUAUAUUCUCAUUAUGAAACCUGCCAUGUAUGUAGCUGAUUGGUAGUCAACUGAUUCACUUGAUUCAGUGUCUCUGUUUAUUAAAUCCAGAUAAUUGCAAACUAUUGUAGCCAGUAAUUGUAUUGUAAAGUUUAACUGUUAUGGGGGCAGUAAAUUAAUACAUUCUGUUUGCCAAAUUGAAUACCUGUCAAAUGCUGAGGCAAUUUCUGGGUCGCAUGCAUAAAUUACUCCUUUCAUUCCUUCACCUCUUAUUUGAUUAAAAAAUGAAUUGUACAUUUUAUUCUGGGCUGUUAUUUUUUCCAUAGGUUUGGGGACCUGAAGUGCUCUUACCAUACAGUUGCAAAGAAAGACCAAUCAUCUGGCAAUCUGGACAAUCAAGCGCAGUACCUCGACAUUGAUGAUCUGGUGGAGAAUGCGCGGGACUUGUACCUAAAGAAGCAAACAGUAAUCAUUCACCCUGUGCACUCCACUGAGAUGCAUAUCCCAAACCCGUAUCCUGAUGGAACCAAUGGAUUUACUAUGGCUAUCAGGAUCAAUGGCACCAUGCAUUACAACACAUCUGGUUCACCACCUCCUAACUAUGAUGGCUCACCUCGUGGGAAAGGAAAAACUUCUCACUCGACGCAUCACAAACGAGGAGGUGGCUUCCAUUAUUAUGGGAAAAGUUCUGGUGGGAAGGGCACCUAUGUUGCAAAUGGCACUGUCAACUCCGGGGGCACACAUCUACCCUCUGCGCACCACAGCUACCAGCACCAUCGCAACCAUAACCAUCAUCACCCUCAUCAUAACCAUCAUCAUGGCAGCAGUGGCCAGCAUGGUCCUUACUCAGCCUAUAGCAAUGGUUACUUGAAUGGUUAUGGAGAUGAAAAUGGCUCUGGCUUUGACCAGCGUUCAGCCUCGCCUUCAAAGAUGAUGGGGGUCAUGCCAUCUAUGGGCAGUGCAGCUGGACCAGGGCAGAUUUCUCAGAGCUCCCCAACACCAGAGCAGAUCCAGCAGCAGAUGCAGCAUCCUCCUCCCAUGCCAUCUCAGAUGCCGCCCCAUCUCCAUCAAGCCUUUGGUCACCCACCUACGGAUACCACCACACUGCCCCCUCCUCCACCGCCACCUCCACAGCAGCAGCCACCAUCCUCCACGACCACCAGUGCUACCACUUCCAGCAGCAGCAAUAGCAACAUCAACAGCAAUGGUGCUGGUAGCGGGAAACCCAGCAGCAAUGGAAGCAACUCCAAGUACCAGGGAAAUAGAGGAAAUGUGGGCUCAAGGAAUAAACAGUCCAGUCCUGUGAAGGAAACGAAGUGAAACCUCACUGACUUGGUGAGGAUUGCUUCUUCUUUCACCACUCCCAAUCAUCUGUAAAUAUCAGAUCCAAAAUGUCUGUUAACAAUGUAAUCAUGGAAAAAAAGCUGAAAUAUGCUUUUAAGGUUCAAUUGGUUCAGACGGAUUUUACCUAAUAAAGUCAAAAGAGCACCUACCAAGCCACCAAGGCUUCUCUUGUUCACUAAGGAAUUUUAUUACUGGCUGCAAAGAAUGGAUGGAUUUUUGCCUUAGCUUUGAAUGCUGUACAGGUGUCUAAACUAAAUUUCCUUCUUAUCUAUUUUUUUCUUUUCAAAUAUUGUAAUGCUUAAGAAAAUUGAAGGAGAAAAAAAAAAGAGAAGCCCUUACUAAUAAUAAUAUAUUGUGAAAAUAUUUUUAAAAAUGAUAAUGAGUUUGCGUUUUUUUUCCCCCAAUUGUUUCCAAAAUAUUUUAG